AUGGCGCCGCCCCGACGACCUCCACUCGCACCCGGUCAGGCAACCGGCAAUGACGGCGGCGAAGACAUGUACCUUCCAAGUACUGAAACCGCUAUACCACCAAAGACAAGUUCUUCAAAUAGAUUUAAUAGUAAAAUGUUAGGAAUAAUAACUAAAAAACAAAAGGUUAGAAUUUCUACUACGUCUGCUCCUGUAGCUUCGGCUUCUACUACUAUGCUUAGAGAAUUUUUUUCUUAUAACUAUGAAUUAGACGAAGAUUUUGAAAUAUUAACAUGGUGGAGAAGUCAUGAGAUACAAUUUCCAGUUUUAGCUAAAAUUGCAAGGGACGUAUUAGUAGUCCCUGCCUCUACAAUUGCAUCGGAGUCGGCUUUUAGUGCAGGUAGAAGAGUUUUGGAUGAGAAAAGAUCAAGUCUCGCGCCAGAUGCGGUAAAGAUUUGCGUUUGUAAAAAAGAUUGGGACCAAGCUGCUAAAAGACAACAAGGAUUUCAAGAAGAUGACUCGGACGGUGAAGAAGAUCCUUGGAUGUUGAUGGAUACUUCGUCGUCCGAAGGCGGCAAUUCGGCAAAUGAACAAGAAUAA